CAAAGGUCGGCCGUAGCUAUGAUUCUCCAUAGACCAGUCAAACAUGGAGUCUAUCUUCCACGAAAAACAAGAAGGCUCUCUGUGUGCGCAGCACUGCUUGAACAACCUUCUGCAGGGAGAAUAUUUCACUCCUGUUGAUCUGUCCUCUAUCGCACAGCAGCUGGAUGAAGAGGAGAGGAUGAGGAUGGCUGAAGGUGGUUUGCUAAGUGAGGAGUACAGGACUUUUCUACAGCAACCUUCAGGAAACAUGGACGAUAGCGGCUUCUUUUCUAUUCAAGUGAUUAGUAACGCGCUAAGUGUUUGGGGUUUGGAGCUGAUCCUCUUCAACAGCCGCGAAUAUCAGCGACUAAUGAUAGACCCAAUAAAUGAAAAAGCCUUUAUAUGUAACUACAAAGAGCAUUGGUUUACAGUACGAAAACUGGGACAUCAGUGGUUUAAUUUGAACUCGUUGUUAACGGGACCAGAGCUGAUAUCAGAUACUUACCUUGCACUUUUCCUAGCACAGCUACAGCAAGAAGGCUAUUCCAUUUUUGUGAUUCGAGGGAAUUUGCCUGAAUGUGAAGCAGACCAACUUUUGCAGAUAAUGAGGGUGGAACAACAGCAUAGACCAAAACUCAUAGGAGAGGACGAGGCUCGGACAAGCGGGCAGAGGACCACUGUGCAGCAUGGAGUGGAGACACAACAUGGUAUGGAACAGGGUGUAGUAGACGAUGAUGAUGAGGAGCUAAGAAAAGCAUUGGCUCUUAGCAGACAGGACAUAGAAGUGGAGGAUGAGGAGGCUGAUCUGCGCAGAGCCAUACAGCUGAGUAUGCAGGGGGCUUCAGGGAGCGACAACCCUAUAGUUCUCAAAGAGGGCAAUGCUAUAGUACUUCCGGGUACCACAGAAAGUACUACAGCUGGCCAGACAGAAAGUCUAACAGCAGAGGAGCUUCGCCAGCGAAGACAAGCCUACUUUGACAGGCAGUCCCAGCAACAAGAACAACCCACCUCUCCACAUCAGCAGGACACAGAAACAUCUGGUGGAGAACAGGAUGCCGGUAGUAAACACAGCCAGUGAAGACAGUGGCUAUGGGAAUCUAUUUCCAAAGCGCUCUUGCAAACUACUAGCUGCCAGUCCAUCUGUUUUAAAGUGCAGCCUCUUCCCUCUAUAACCGGCUUCAGAUUGUGAAUAGCAAGAAGGAGCACAUGGCCAUUCACCAUUAAUACACCACUCUGUGGGCCUAGUCAUUGAAAGAAUUACAUGGACAUAACUAACAUUCAGUAAGCCAAUCUGUUCUUUACAGUUGUUGCUCUGCAGUUAUGAAAGGGGAAAAGGGAGGGCCUAGCAGCCCAGUAUAGUUUUUUCAUACUUAGGUAUGGUAUAUCUAAAUAUAUAGUCAUGUAAUUUAAAAUAACUCAAAUGUUAUUUGAAUUAUAACUCAAAUAACUUUGAUCCAUCAUGGUUCUUCAUACUCCAUGGAAGAACAGAUGUGGCCUUGUAUUAACCUGGUGAAUGAAAAGAAGUGAUGUGUAUCUGGGGGAAAACUAAAAGGAAACUAAAAGCUUUCUUUAGAGUUUGAGAGCUACACAGGACCACUAGACCAGUUUGGUUUUACUGGGUGGAUUACUUUUUGCUAAGCAUAACUUGAGGGACCUUUUUUGUAUAAAUUCUGAAGCACUGCCUGUCUUAGCUGGGCUAGUGUUCAAGGGCUGUUUGAGGGAGUUGAAGCUCUAUUCUCAAUAAUGCACAUUUCCUUAUUUUGGGUUCAUUAAAAGGUGUAGGUCGACCAUUUUAAUUAUAUAUAUGAACAUAUGAAAAAGGUUAACGAAUCAGAUUAGGUAUAUACCUGAAUUUGAACUCUGGCCUUUCAUAUAAUGCUUCAUGUCUGUAGGAGUUUACAGGAAGUAAUAGUGUUUGUACCACAUGCAACCCUCAGUAAUGUAACCGAUACUGCUGUUCAUUCUUCAACAGCCUUUUGUUAGUCUUGUAUGUGUUUGCUUGUGUGUGUUUAUGUAUGCACCAAGCUCCCAUAAAGAGCACACCUUUUAAAAGAUAAACUGCAUUAAUCACUGGAAUAUAAGUAUACAAUGUAUUGGGUCGUCCUGUAUGUUCUGGUGUAAUGUUUUCAAAUGGAAAUAUUUCUUCUUUCAAUUGCAAAAUCACAAAAAGCAAGAAUUUACUUUCCCUCAUUAUAAACAACCUUCCUUGUCUUUCUUACUUUUUUUUUUGUUCUAUUCAUGUUUGGCAUUGAAGAAAUUAGCAUGCCAUUGUUUACGCUCACAAUCCUUGAAGGAAACUUGAAUUGAUUGUCAGAGGAGAGAUCAUCUGGGGGCACAAGAUUAAGGCUGUAAUGGUGAGCCAAACAUUUUGAAUCACCAGUUUCUCAAGAUAGGCAGAUUGCCCUGGCAUCUGUUGUGUUUUUUUCCCCAAAACAUUCAAAAAGAAACAGGAAAACUGCUACACAUAGUGCAAUAUGAAUCAAAGGCUAUAGGAUUUUGUCUAAACAAAUUCUCAUUUCCAAUGUGUAUUCCAGGAGUAAUUAGAAGACCCUCUUUUACCAGGGCCAUUAUGCUAAAAUGCUACUUAUUCUUCAUUGCACUUCCAAUGCAGAAAAGUAAUGAAGCUUUAUUGAGUGUUUACAGGUACCUAGAAAAUAUCUAGGGAUGCUUGAGUAUGGAGUGAGCUGUCACAUAAAAUGUGUGAUGCUAAUGUGUACAGUUUGAUGGUAGUGUAUAUAAACAGGCUACUACAAGUUUGAAACAUUUGUUUUUUUCUUUCCCACCCAUUUUAAAAGUAACUCUCUCUGAAAUGUAUUUGCGGACUUGAUUUUCAAGGAUUUUUUGUUAAGAACAUAUUCUUGCUCUCAGCCUGUUCUUUGUACUCAUGCACCAAUAAUGUCGGAUUCAUUUAUCACUAUUCAUUUUUUAAACUUUCUUAAAAUUAAAUGUUCUUUUCCCACGAA